AGUCACUGCAUCGGGUCCAUCUGUACAACUCUCUCUGCUUCUCUCUCUCUCCCUCUCUCUCCACCCCCCUCCUUUUCUCCCUGUCUCUCCGUCUCUCUCUUCUCUCUCCAGGCUGAGCCUACAAGACAGCAACACCAACACCUCUUGACAUGGAAAUACAUUGAUACAAUAGGGACCAGAAGCCUCGUGCAUCUUCCCGGCUCCAGGUGGCCUUAUUCGGAGAAUCUACCCUGACCUUAUUCCUGUGAUGGAGGAUUCCGGCAUCCAGCGGGGCAUCUGGGAUGGAGAUGCCAAGGCUGUCCAGCAGUGUCUGACAGACAUCUUCACCAGCGUGUACACUACCUGUGACAUCCCUGAGAAUGCAAUCUUUGGCCCCUGUGUCCUGAGCCACACAUCUCUCUAUGACAGCAUAGCUUUCAUAGCACUCAAAUCCACCGACAAGAGAACAGUGCCGUACAUCUUCCGGGUGGACACCUCAGCGGCAAAUGGUUCUUCCGAAGGUCUCAUGUGGCUGCGACUGGUCCAGUCCGCCAGAGAUAAAGAAGAGCAGAACCUGGAAGCCUACAUCAAAAACGGACAGCUGUUUUACCGCUCUCUCCGCAGGAUCGCCAAGGACGAGGAGUUGCUGGUUUGGUACGGGAAGGAGUUGACGGAGCUGCUCUUGCUCUGCUCCUCUAGAGCCCACCACAAAAUGAACGGCGCGGCCCCCUACACGUGCCUGGAGUGCAGCCAGCGCUUCCAGUUUGAGUUCCCCUACGUCGCGCACCUGCGCUUUCGCUGCCCCAAGAGACUUCACAGCGCCGACGUCAGUCCCCAAGAUGAGCCAAGCGGCGGCGCGGGCGCCAAGGACCACGGCGGCGGCAAGGUCGGCGGCGCCGCGGGCAAAGGCAAGAGGAAGUUCCCCGAGGACGCGGCGGAGGGCGGCGGCGGCGGCGCGGGGCCGGCGGGGACCCGGGGUCGCUUCGCCGAGCGGCCCCCGCCGGCCUCCAAGGAGGACCUAGUGUGCACGCCACAGCAGUACCGCGCCGCGGGCAGCUACUUCGGCCUGGAGGACAGCGGCCGCCUCUUCGCGCCGCCCAGCCCAGAGACGGGCGAGGCCAAGCGCAGCGCCUUCGUGGAGGUCAAGAAAGCGGCCCGCGCGGCUGGCCUGCAGGAGGAGGCGGCCGCUGAUGCCUUCGCGCAGCUGCCGCCGAUGGUGCUGGGCCAGAAGCUGGGCGCUCUCGAGCCCUGCCACCCCGCCGACGGCGUGGGCCCCGCCAGACUCUACCCCGCCGCCGCUGACCCGCUGGCGGUGAAGCUGCAGGGCGCCGCGGACUUGAACGUGGGCGGCGGCUGCGCGGCGCUGCCCGGCGGCGGCCUGCCCAAGCAGAGCCCAUUCCUGUACGCCACCGCCUUCUGGCCCAAGAGCGCGGCGGCGGCGGCGGCGGCGGCGGGGCCCCUGCAGCUGCAGCUGCCGUCGGCUCUCACGCUGCUGCCGCCUUCCUUCACGUCGCUGUGCCUGCCAGCGCAGAACUGGUGCGCCAAGUGCAACGCCUCCUUCCGCAUGACCUCCGACCUGGUGUACCACAUGCGGUCGCACCACAAGAAGGAGUACGCCAUGGAGCCCCUGGUGAAGCGGCGGCGCGAGGAGAAGCUCAAGUGCCCCAUCUGCAACGAGUCCUUCCGGGAGCGCCACCACCUCUCCAGGCACAUGACCUCGCACAACUGACCCGGGAACCGGCCUUUCGCGCGCGAGUCCCCUGCAGGAGGCCCGCGGCCUCCUCGCGCCCAGACGCAGACAAGCACCCGCACACUCACGCGUACCCCGCCCCGGAAACCUUCCCACGCCAGCGUUUACCCAGGACACACUCGCGCACGCACACACGCACUCACGAGCCGGGACGGGGCCUUCGGGUUGAGUGGGUCGUUUGAGGGGGUUUUCUUUUGAAUGCACGCAUUUUCACUCUCCCAAAAACAAAGGUACAUUUUUAAAAAUGUCAUAUAUUGCAACAUAUUGAUGCAUUUGUCAUACGUUUCUACUUAAAUUAUUAAGCACUUACGGUUUAGAUGUAAUACUUAUAUGCAAGGGCAAAAUUUAUUUUAGAUAUAAAGUAAAGGAGGAAGGUGAGAUGCUCUCUGCAUUUCUUGAUGACAGUUUGCGUUCUUACAAAAAUAAACAAAACGAAUAAAAAGGGAGCCGCCAUUGAAUUCGAGUUUUCAGAGGGAGGUGCAUGUAUAAUGAAAUGAUUAUGGACUUCAAUGAAGAAUGUCAUCAAUUAUGUAAAUAUGUAUUUCCUUUUAAUACAAAGUGUAAUUUUGUGCCAGUGAAAUGGAGUCUGAAUAGUUAAUGUGUUUCUUUUAUCCCUGGAAAGAUUUAUUAAACUUUAUAGUUUAUCCGAGUAUGUUGGAUGCUUUGACAAUAAAUGACUAUUUUCUUCAAAGCAA